UUGAGAGAGAAAUGAGAGAGAGAGAUCAGAUCAGAGUAGAGAGAGAGUGUUUAGAGAGAGAAAGAGAGAAACUUGGAAAAGAAGUUUGUAUCUCACAACAUGCAUAUCACAGCACACAAAGUCUAUUUAUAGGCCACACUAGUACAGCUGAUAUAACAGGCCAGGGAAUUACACCCUUACCCCUGACUCUAAUUCCCUGGCUACUACUAUUAGCUAUCACUACUAAUAUUAGUAUUACUAUGAUCCUCACAAGUAGCUUGCUAUAAUGAAAAAUAUAUCGAUCCAUUUAUGCAAUAAUUUCAUAUUUGAAAAUUAUGCAUAUUAAUAUGGCAUGAAACAAUGAGAAAAAUAUAAAGAUAAGCGAUAUCUCGCAAUGGUAAGCUCACAAGAAUGCUUAUCUCAACAUCAGCAGGCUUUCCAAGGUUGUAGAGGUUCUCACCUCUAAACUGGUAAACACACUCAUGCUAAGUGCCACUUUGUGGCCAUAGAUAUAUUCUAUGCCAGGAGCUUGAUGAUAUUGUUACUUCAUCCCAUAAUUGUGAUGUGCCGCAUGUUAAUUGCAAUGACUAUUAGCUACUUGGCAUCACAGACGACGACUUUACAUGUCUUUUGGCAGGAUUGACAACACCAAAUAUAAAUUGAAGCUUUCCAGAGUCCCACUGAUGACAAUAUGAGGAAAUAGAUUAAAUAGGGAUAUGAGCAAGAUAAAGACUUGCUAGAUUGUCCUGUCAGUGAUGAGAGAAGAGCAAAUCAUGGCCAUCAAGGAUGGUUGUUACUCCUCUGGUGCUCAUUUGCUGGUUUUAUAUUAGGUAUUUAAUCAAGGUUAUUUCUAUGUGUCUACAAACUGUCUUAUUAGCUAUAUGUGAUGAUUCCGUUGUUUUAUACAAUAUAAUUAAGAUUGUUUGUGUUUUUGCAAAAUAUUUUGACGUACCAGUCUCAAGACUCCAUGUUCUUAAUAUUUGAUUUAUGUAAGACAACAUGUGCUACAUUUUUUAUGCUUAUGGAGCUGGUUUAACAGGUUUCAUCAUGGCUUACAAUUAUAAGAAAGUGGCGCUUUUUCUGCUAGCAGCAUUGGUAGGAAAAGAGCAUGGAGUUGUUGCAGGGUUAGCUGGAUGUGGUUUAAUCAAGUCUGUGGUUUCUGUGGAUUGCAUUGUAAUGCAAGAUUUGAAAACAGGUCAUCUCAAAUUAACAUCUCCUCGAGCUAUGCUACUAAGCCAGAGCAUUGGCACAACAAUAGGCUGUAUGGUGGCUCCCCUAAGCUUCAUGCUUUACUACAAAGCAUUCGAUGUGGGGAAUCCUACUGGAGAAUUCAAGGCUCCUUAUGUUGUAAUAUAUAGAAGCAGCAUUCUCGUGGUAGAAGGCUUUUCAGCUCUGCCUGACCAUUGCUUGCAGCUCUGCUAUGGGUUCUUCUCAUUCGUUAUAUGCAUUAACUUGGUUAAAUACAUGUUGCCGAAGAAGAUAGGGAAAUGGAUGCCACUGCCAAUGGCCAUGGGAGUUCCUUUCCUGGUGGGCAUCUAUUUUGGAAUUAGUAUGUGCACUGGAACCAGGAUUGUGUUUGCUUGGGAAAAGCUUAAACCAAGAAAGGCAGAGCUGAUGGUUCCAGCAGUCGCUUCAGGCUGGAUCCUACCAUCCUCCAUUCUUGAUUUGGCAAAGAUAAACCCUCUGGAGAGGGACGCGAAUGAUUGUGACGUGUAAAAAGAAUAGUGUAGAGUGUGAGAUCCUUUGUGGAAGCCAUGUGGUCUAGGCACCUAAUCCCACGUAUCAACAUGGUACCUACUGAUACAAAAUUUCCUUUUGCUUUUAAAAGAACACAAUUUCCUUUGCAAAUUUGUUACUCGAUGACCAUUAAUAAGGGUCGGGGACAGUCACUCGAUACCGUAGGUUUGUAUCUGCUGCAACCUGUUUUCUGUUAUGGCCAGCUUUAUGUGGCUAUUUCUAGGGUUACUUCUCUUCAAGGGCUCCAUAUGCUAAUAUAUAGCGAUGAAGGUUCUACCACUGAUUUAGUGAAAGUUGCUGAUAAUAUGCUUUAUGUUUAUCCAGAGAACUGUAUUCUAUGCUCGGAUGAUAGCUACUGUGAACAUAUUGUAAUGUCAGUAUAUUAUUGCUAUUUUAGUUAAAUAUGACAUGCAUGGCUUUAUUUUUAAAUAUGAUGAUUAAUGUAAAACUGAGCCCGACAACUGUUAAUAUUGUCAUCUACUUACCGGAGUAUAUUAUAUUACAUAGACUGUCUUUAUUUGGGACAACUUGAUUUGGGAUUGGACUGUGAUAUGUAUUUUCAUAUUAUAACAUGUUAUUCAGCCAUGUGAUUGGAUUUGAGAGUUCGACGUGUUUAUGAGCUGCGCUCGGAAUAUAGUUUCAUUCUACAGCCUGCCAUGCGGUGCAGAAUUGCUAGAUACAAAGCUUUCAGAUGGUGUUCGCUGCAAUGUUUCAAGUGGAUCAUCUUCUACAAAUGAUGAGCAGCGUGCAGUCUUAGCAAUGGUUUGGGCAGUCUUAGCAAUAGUUUGGGAGAGAUUUAGGCUGCAACAGUUAGACAUGCUGCCUUUUAUUGUUUCUCUUCCUCUGCGUCAUGUAAGCGAUGAAUAAAUGUGAUUGUGUUUUUUAUACGACUAAUAUGGCAUUAAAGUUUUUUAAUUUGAGACAUAGGAGCCGUGCACCGAUUUAUUAGGUAGGCUAUAUGUUUAAGUAGCUCUGAGUUUCCAAGCGAUAGCUAGUCUUUGAUCUAUUUACAAAUGCUGCUGCGUUUCUUUAACAAUUAAGAGUGGUCAUAUAUUAUAGUGCCUCAUUCCAGUUGGAGUAUGAUAAGUGCUAAUUUCAGGGUUUUCUACAUCUGCAGCUUUUCUACAUUUGCAGCCAUCAAAUUUUCAGGAUUUCUACAUUUGCAGCCAUACAUGAAUUCUAUAAUAUAUGAUAGGUCACAAGAGC